GGCUCUAGUGCAAAAUGUUUAGAUUCAAUUAAAUCAAAUCAAUUAGCUCUUAGCCUAGCUACUACAGAAUUAAUUAGUUAUCCAACAGCUUCUAUUAAUUUUGAAAUUAAAAAUAUAAUUCAAAAUGAUAAGUUUUGGAAUAAAGUUCAAAAUUUAUUAAUUAUUUUAAAAAUUUUAGUAGAUGGUAUUAUUAUUUUUGAAGGAGAUACUUCAUAUUUAUCACAAUUUUAUAAAUGGUAUAAAAAUCUUGAAACUAAUAAAUGCCAAAGUUUAGCUAAUGAUAUUAUGACAACUGUAUCUGAUUUUGUUAAAAAAUAUUAUUCUGAAUUUUGUACUAAAAUUUAUAGUCAAUUAUUAGAAUAUAUUAAUCACUCUGCUUCUAAACUUACUCAAUUUGCUAAAAGAAUUUUAACAAUUCUAACAUCAUCUGUAGCAUCAGAACAAUUAAAUAGUUAUAAUCAAGUUAAUAGUUUUAAUAACUUUGAUGAAAAUAAUUUAGAUAAAUUUUGGGAAAGCUAUUUUAAUAAUAGUAAAAAUGAUUCUGAAUUGUUUGAUAAUGAUGAAUCAGAAACAGAAUCAAAUAUAGACUUUA